UUUUAUAAGACAUAAAAGUCAAGAAAGGGACCUCAAAUUGAAGAUUGAAUGGUUUAUCUUUGUGGUGCAUUCUGCUUCACUUCAAAAGUCAAAAGAGUUGCCUAAUUUGAAUGCCAGCGUUUAGAUACUAUCCCCUCUCUCUCUCUCUCUGAACUUCAUCAUAGAGAAGAAUGGAGAUAGUGAGAGAAACUAAAUACAAUCGUGCCGAAGAAUUAAAAUCUUUCGACGAAACAAAAGCCGGCGUAAAAGGCCUAGUCGACUCGGGAGUCGAAAAGAUCCCUAGAAUAUUCCAUGUCCCCAAAGAAUAUUCCACCAACGCAAACGAAGCGAAUUUCGAUAUUCCAGUUAUUGAUCUUGGACAAGGCGUUGAUCAAAAGGAGAGUGUUGAAAAAAUCAGACAUGCAUCGGAGAGAUAUGGGUUUUUCCAGGUGGUGAAUCAUGGGAUUCCUGUCUGUGUAUUGGAGGAGAUGCUUUGUGGGAUCCGCAGAUUCAACGAGCUAGACGCAGGGGCGAAGAAGUUGUAUUACACGCGCGAUGUGACGAGAAAGUUUGUCUACAACAGCAACUUUGAUUUGUACAGUGCACCUGCAGCUAAUUGGAGAGAUACUUUCUUCUCCUAUAUGGCUCCAAAUCCUCCUAAGCCCGAAGAAUUGCCCGCUUCGUGCAGAGAUAUACAAAUAGAGUAUUCAAGACAUGUAAUGAGCUUGGGUUUUCGGUUAUUCGGUUUACUUUCGGAGGCACUCGGGCUUGAAUCAAGUCGGCUCUUUGAAAUGGGCUGUACCGAUGGGCUGACAUUCUUGGGCCAUUACUAUCCAGCGUGCCCACAGCCAGAGCUGACUUUGGGUGCAAGCAAGCACACUGACGAUGGCUUCCUCACCGUUCUCUUACAAGACCAAAUCGGAGGCCUCCAAGUUUUUCUCAAUAAUAUGUGGAUUGAUAUUCCACCUGUGCAUGGUGCUCUUGUGAUUAAUAUUGGAGAUCUGCUACAGCUUAUUUCAAACGACAAGUUCAAAAGCGUGGAGCACAGAGUUCUAGCAAAUCGGAAAGGUCCAAGAAUGUCGGUGGCGUGUUUCUUUAGCACUUCUAUGAUGCCAUCGUCGAAGAUUUAUGGACCAAUAAAGGAGUUGCUAUCGAAAGAUAAUCCUCCAAAAUAUAGAGAAACAACGGUAGAGGAGUACGUUACAUACUCAUUUACCAAAGGCCUUGAUGGGGUUUCCCCUUUGCUUCAUUUCAAGAUUUAAACUUGGCGACCGAAGAUCUUGCGUUACAAUUUCUUACAACAUCUAGUGCUAUAAUAAAUCCCAUUUCAAUUAAUUAAUUUGCCUAUGUAAGUGUUACCACGCCUAUAGUAUUUCAGCAGUACUCGAAACAUAAUAAAUCUCUAUAUAAAAUAUUAAGUUUGUUUUACAAUUUU